UCAUGGAUGGACCUUCCCCCUGAGAUUCGCCUCAUGAUAAUGAAAGAGGUCACCUGCGAAAAGUUUCCUGGAUGGACUUCUUGUGCGGCCAUCAACUUUGAAUGGCAGGAUUUCAUAGAAAAAGAAAACUACAAGAAGCUGAAUCUUGAAGUCCCUUGUCUUGACGAAUUGAACGUCAUGAUUCCGCAGCACAAGAGACAUCUGGUCCACCACAUCUGGUUCGAAAUCGAACUAUCUAGAGACCCAUACUCAUGCUCCGCGAGCUGGAAUUCCCGUCCAGAAAGUACUGGUAGAACCGUCAGAAAGGCGAUCCGGAAACUAUUCACCGCCCUCAGCACCUGGCAAGAGAGACAACAUGGCAAGUUGACGCUGGAACUCAACGUCAUCUCGCCCAGCGACUCCGAACACUGGUUCAAGCCGCUGUACUUUUCCGACGGCCGCACCGGGGAAGACGACGGCCCCAUUGGCCGGAUUCACGACCCCCGACAUGGCUGGGUCGACGGCAGACAAGUCUCCUUGGCGACAGAGUUGGCCGUGCAACGCCUCUUCCGGCCUAUCAAGCUGGACUCGAGUUUCACCAGCAAGCCGCUUCCUCGGGUCAUCGGUGUUACUGGCUUUUUGUCCAGGGGCGUCACCAACCUGGUAGUGUUUGAGGACUCGCCCAAAUUCUACAAAGUUCUUCCCCAAUACACUCCCAAGGAGGCCACGACAUUCACCAUCAACUCGAUUGCCAUUGCGGACGGCCUAGGCGACGCUUUUGCUAAGAAGAGCUGCGGCAUGAAGCACCUCGCCGUCUCAUUCAUGGUCGAUGCCCAACACAUCUUUCGGCACUGCAAGCCGUCGUGGACAUGGUCACAACUGAAGAGUGUGGCGCUCACUUCACAGCUCCUGAGAGAUAGCCUGGACACCCACGACAAGAUUGGGGACUUGCUAUGCAGGGCAGCGGCUCUAGCGAGGCAGAUGCCCGAAUUAGAGACCUUUGUGCUGUGGAACGGUGGAAAGGACAACGCCUGUGCCUUUAUCUACCGCGUCGACGGAGGCGAUGUGUCCAUCGCCUGGCGCGGGACAUGGCGUCUGGAGAUGAGCCCUGAUGUGGUCAAGGCGUGGGAAGCAGCUGCCUCGAUCCGGUCUGAUCGCGUUCUCACGAUACACCAGGAGCGCAUCUCAAGCGACGUAAACUGCGUUGGAGACGCCAUCCACCACUUGAAACUCCCCUGCCAGGUCGCUGAGCCUGCAUCUCUGUGGCAGAUACGCAGGGAG